ACUAUAUUUGUUGUAAUUUAGUCAAUGCUUUAAAAAACUGUUUACAAAUCAAAAAAUAAUACAUUAAACGUAAAAUAUAUCAGCUUACAAGCAAGAAAGUUCUGGAAAUUUUUCCGUCGGUCGCCAUGUUGUUUUUUAUUUUGGCGGCAAUCGGAGUUGUGUGGACGAUUUAUUUUAUCAUCGAAGCUUCGUGGAGUUCAAUUGAAUUGUUAAUAUCGUAUCUCAAGCCGUUUUUCUUACCUUUCGAAGAACAAUCUUUGACAAAAAGAUUUGGAUCUUGGGCUGCGGUGACGGGCAGUACGGAUGGCGUGGGAAGGGAGUACGCGCGGGAGCUGGCGCGUCGCGGACUCAACAUCGUCCUCAUCAGCCGUAACCUUGACAAGCUGAGGAAUGUCGCAGCAGAGAUCGAGAAGGAGUCCAGUGUAAAAACUAAGAUCAUUGUGGCCGACUUCAGUAAAGGCGCAGAAGUGUACCGUCACAUCGAAGACGAGCUCAAGGAUAUACCGUUAGGAAUAUUGGUGAACAACGUGGGCAUCCAGUAUGAUUAUCCGGCGCGGUUAUGCGAGUUGCCGGCUAGCAAGGCGUGGGAGUUAAUCAAUGUGAACGUGGGAGCGGUGACUCUGCUGUCGCGGCUGGUGCUGGCCGGCAUGGCGGCGCGCGGCCGGGGCGCGCUCGUCAACGUCUGCUCCGGUGCUGAGUUGCAACCGCUGCCCCUCAUGGCUGUAUACGCUGCUACCAAGGUGUACGUGCGCAGCCUGACGCUGGCCAUCCGCGAGGAGUACGCGGCGCACGGCAUCCACGUGCAGCACGUGUCGCCGCUGUUCAUCGCCACGAAGAUGAACGCGUUCUCCCCGCGGCUGGAGCGCGGCGGGCUGCUGGUGCCGGACGCGCGCACGUACGCGCGCCACGCGGUGGCCACGCUGGGCCGCGUGCACGACACCACCGGCUACUGGCUGCACGGCCUACAGUAUUUCUUCAUCAAAGUGGCUCCGGAAUGGCUGAGGAUUAAAAUCGGUAUUUACAUGAAUGAAGACUUCAGGAAAGAACAUUUCGAGAGCGUCAGGUUGAAGACGCAUUGAGUGCUAAACUCACUAUACUGUGUUAUCGAUAUGCAUUUCACAUUAAGAGCAUGCAACUUUGACUAAAAUAUUCCACAACUGUUUACUCUCGAUUUGAUUCGUUUAUAUGAUGUACAUACUGGAUUUUUAGUUGUGAAACUAAACAGUUGAAUAGCUGCGACAACAGUUGUGCGAUAGUUUAGUCGAAGGCUCUAAAAUUUACUCAUCUAACGGUGUUUUCAUUGUAAUACUUAUAUGACAAUGUUGCCAUCUUAUUCUGUGUAUCAAAAUAGAAAUAACAGUUAAAAUUAUGAGUUACGAGAAUUAAAAUGCAUUAUAAGUUUGUUUCCAUUUGUUGUUUAUAAUUUUUUUUUGUAUAUAAUUAUGUUAAAUUGUGUUGAUUUGUGAAAUCUUUUAUGACUGUUUUGAAUUGUUUAUUUUAAAUUUCUGAAUUUAUUUUGUAAAUAGAUUCUUGUUUAACGGAGUUAAUUCUUAGCUCCCACUUUCCAUUCCUUCGUUUAUUUUAGUGUAUUGUAUAUUUACGUUUUAAUA